AUGCAAUCAUUAUGUUAAAUGAGUCCAGAAUCAAAUCCUCAAAAUAAAUAACAAUUCUAAACCUGUUUUGAUCAAAAUGAGUCAGCAUUUUUAAGUCCUAAUACAUAAUCUCUUUAAUAACCCAAAUAUAAAGUUAGAACCUUAAGACCUAAAUCAAUUCUUGAAGGUGAAUUAGCCAAAUUCAGCAAAUCAAGAAAUUUACUCUCAAUGAAUAAUAAUGAAUGUAUAAAAUGUAAAAACGAGAAAGGAAGUAUAGCAAUAAAGUUAUGCCAAUGCUUAGAUAUAUAUUACCAUAUUCUUUGUAUCUUAGAAUAUGCUGAUCUUCAUCCUAAGUUAGGACUCAAUUUAUUUAGAUGCUAAUUUUGCAAUGAUUACUUCCCAAUUUAAAUAAAUGAAAAGUAUAAUAUAUAUAAACUAUCAGACUGAGCACAUAAAAUUUAAGCAAGAAACAAAAGUUUAUAUUCUUAAUGAGCUUGUCCAUGUUGUUNAAUGUAAAUGGUUUAUUAAAAUUAAGAAAUUGA